CCCUGCAUUCUCUAUAUCUGGUCUCCCCGGACCCUGCAUUCACUAUAUCUGGUCUCCCCGGACCCUGCAUUCACUAUAUCUGGUCUCCCCGGACCCUGCAUUCACUAUAUCAGGUCUCCCCGGACCCUGCAUUCACUAUAUCUGGUCUCCCUGGACCCUGCAUUCACUGUAUCUGGUCUCCCCGGACCCUGCAUUCACUAUAUCCGGUCUCCCGGGACCCUGCAUUCACUAUAUCUGCUCUCCCAGGACCCUGCAUUCACUAAAUCUGGUCUCCCCGGACUCUGCAUUCACUAUAUCUGGUCUCCCUGGACCCUGCAUUCACUAUAUUCAGUCUCCCACAGUACACAAACAUGGAAAUGCAAAUAUUUUAGUAAAUAUAAACUGCUAAAUACCUUUUCUCAUCAGCAGUACAUAGCAGUCUUGUGACUUCUAUCAGUGUC